UCUUGCAUCGGUCGGCCGUUCCUCGCCCCAAAACCCUACCCUUUCUCUAGGGUUUCCACCGACACCCACCGUACCCAUGGCCAAGCCCGGCCGAGCGCGGCCGACGAGCCCGUCGGUGUCGCCGUCGCGAUCUUCGUCUCCCUCGCGCUCCUUCUCCGGCUCGGAUUCCCCGUCGCGCUCCCGCUCCCGAUCCCGUUCCGGGUCACUCUCCUCCUCCUCCUCGCCCUCGCGAAGCGUGAGCUCGCGAAGCCGGUCCCCUCCCCCGCAGAGAAAGAGUCCACCUCUAACUGGUAGGAGAGCUCAUUCGCCAACACCACCGCCUAAAAAAGCUUCACCAGAGAGGAAACCAUCUCCAGUGUCAGAGUCUGUGGUUCUUCACAUUGAUCAUCUGUCUAGGAAUGUUAAUGAAGCACAUCUUAAAGAAAUUUUUGGCAAUUUUGGUGAUGUAAUUAAUGUGGAACUGGCAAUGGACCGCCUGGUUAAUCUUCCUCGAGGGUAUGGGUAUGUUGAGUUCAAGAAGAGGGUCGAUGCUGAGAAGGCUCUUGUUUACAUGGAUGGUGGCCAGAUUGAUGGAUGUGUUGUCCGUGUGAGAUUUACAUUAACACAACGCCAAAAACCUUCUUCCCCCCCGAAGGCUAUACCUGUGGCUGCAAAAAGAGAAGCUCCACUGAGAGAUAAAGUUGGUACUAGUGCAGAAAAAGAUGUUCCACUGCGUCCUAGAGAGCCUUCUCCACGGCGGAAACCUCUGUCACCGCCACCGAGGCGAUCCCCUCCUCCAAAUAGAAGAGUUAGUUCACCCAGACGUCGACCUGAUUCCUCUCCUCGUCGUCGUGUGGAGUCUCCCGUACGUCGCCGAGUAGAUUCUUCCCCACACCGACAUGGUGAAACACCACCUCGACGAAGAGCAGCAUCUCCUCCUAGAAGACGUUCUCCUUCUCCUGCUCGAAGGCACAGGUCACCGGCUCGGAUUUCUCCAAGAAGGGGGCGUGGGAGCCCUGUCCGUAAACGAUCCCCUAUUCCUCCAAGGCGGCGAUCACCUCCUAGGCGACCAAGGAGUCCACCAAGGAGGUCACCACCGCCUCGCCGUCGUAGUCGUUCACCGAUAAGGAGGCCUCUUCAUUCGCGUUCUAGAUCAGUUUCUCCUCGCAGCAGGGGGCGAGGGCCACCACCAAGGCGUGCAAGUUCUGGUUCAUCAUAUUCUGGUUCUCCCAGUCCUCGCAAGGGAGCUCGCAAGAUAUCAAGAAAUCGCAGUCCUAGAAGACCUGUUAGAGGAAGAAGCACCAGCAAUAGUAGGAGCAGCGGCUCCCCUCCUAAAGGUAACUGAUUCCCGAUGUGACCAUAUAUGGUAUCGCAAGGUAACAAGCUGAGACCAUCUGCACCAAACACGAAAAGGAUUUAGAUCUGUCAAGCAACUGAAGUUUUCUCUUCUGAGGAUGAUUGGUAUCUGACUCCAUGUAGUUGUUCCUCCAAGUGUUGUUAGGUUGACACUGUUUUCGAAUAUGUAAUUACCAAUUCCUUUCUGCGUUAGAUGUUGUUAAAUAUUUUGCAAAUAUGGCUUUUUAUUAACCUCA